AUGGAGUUGAACAUGCUGCAGCAGCAGCGGCCACUACCUCCGCAGCCGGCGCCCGUGGGAUCGUGCGAUCCCGUGUGGCGGCGGCUGGACGAAGCAAUGGAGUUGCUGUCGCAGCGGAAAGCAGCAGGAGCAGCAGUAGCAGGAGCAGCAGCAGCAGGAGCAGCAGCAGAAGGAGCAGCAGCAGGGCCAGCAGCAGCCAGAGGCUUCGAAGCUGCUGCUGCUCCCUCCCUCUCUCCCGUGUCUUCUGCGUCGACAACAGCGUGCAGAUCAGUUGCUUCCCCCCGCGGAACUCCCCCGAGCAGCAGCAACAGCAGCAGCAGCAGCAGCAACAGCAGCAGCAGCAGGAGCAGCAGCAGCAGGCGGCCGUUUGAGAUAAGGACCUCCGAAAGGCUGCACGUGCAGCGGACGGCGGCGCUGCUGCGGUCUUUGGGCCGCGAGAGAGCAGCAGAAGAAACAGAAGAAGUUUCUGCUGCUGCUCUGGCUCACCAGCGGCUGCUGCUGCAGCUAGCUAGCCAGCGGCAGCACCUGCAGCAGCUAGCCAGGCAGGCCCUGGCGAGGCCCACGCAGCUGCCCGAGAGUCUCAGCCACUGGAUGGCGGACUCUGCGCAGUAUUGA